UCAAAAAUUGAAACCAAAUCUAUAAAACAGCUCCACAAAUACUACUGCGAAGAAAAAAAAAAAAACGUAUACACGUAUCUAUGUAUGUAGUGAUGGUAGAUUUUCUUCUUUUUGUUUUGCGAUUUUGAGCGGGAAUUCAUAAAGCGAUCGACACACUGCCUUUUGGGGCGGUGAAGUAUUCAUGGGUCGGAGUCGGAUCAACUCCGAUUCUCCCUCCUCCUCUUCAUCUUCUUCUGCUGAAUCCAGCUUUCGCGAGCUUGACGACGUCUUCUUGCAGACUCAAACAAGAAUAUGGCUUGGAGAAGUCCUGCUCAAGCGAUUGGAUGACCAGCUGGCAAUUUCUGAUUUACUUGCUGAUGGGGAACUGCUGUUUGAAGUUUCUAAAAGCAUAUGGACGAUGUUGUUGGCAAAGUGCAAGGAACUAAGGCAUGUCAAAGGUCAUAAAUAUAAACCAAUUGGUUCUAGGAAGAGCAGUGGGAGAUAUAGGCCAUAUUCUAAUGUUGACUCAUUUUUGAAGAUAUGCAAAAUUUUGGGAUUGAAUGGCAUUGAUCUCUUCUCCCCGUCAGACGCUGUCGAGAAAAGAGAUACCCGAAAAGUUUGUAUGUGUAUACGUUCCCUCUCAAAGAGAGCCAGGUCUAAGCAAUUGAAUGUACCUGAUUUUGAUAUUGUGACCUAUGCGGUAGCCAUGCCCACCAACUUGGUGGGUUGCCUCCGUAGAACCUUGGAACUGUCACAGUGCAGCUUCAAAAGUUCUGCUAAUGACAACCCAUGUAAAAAUUCAGCUUCAAAAGUUAGGCAGAAAAAUCAAGUUGCAGCCUUUAGAAAACAUGAUUCUUAUUUUGAAGCAUCUGAUGAUUCAGAAAGCCUUUAUAUGGAAGGGCCGUCUUAUAGCUCAUCAACAAACUAUUCUCAUGAUACUGCUUUGCUGAGCAAUUCAGAUGAAGAAAAUUCUUCACCCGGAGUAUCUUCAGUGGUAAAGAAGUAUGCUUCACCAUUUAGUGUAUCACAAGAAGAUUUCCAAGGCCAAGAAAAAGAAGAAUAUGAACAAGGUCAACACAAUUCACCUUGUUCAGCCAAACCAUGUGAUAAUUCUCAAAAGAUAUUAUGUGCUAGGGUUUCACAUUUAAACAAUGAAGAAAGAAAUGUUCAUGAAAUGGCUCAACUGCAUGUCGUUGAUGUUGAUUUUGGUAUUGGAAAUGAUGCUUCCAUUGUAGGGGAUUCUUUGGAUGACAUAUCCAAUCAGUUGACAUAUCCAGAUUUGGAUGUUUUUGGCACUGAUAACAAAUAUCCUUUUCUAUUUGAUGGUGAAGACAGCAUGUUUAAUAUAUUAAUGGGUACUGAUUCUCAUGGAUCUAACUCAACUGGAAGGACUUUUCAGAAUGGACCUGGAAGGAGAUCUUCUGAUAAUUUUGAAGAUGUGGAAGUAUCCUCCUCCUCGAACAGCUUCAGCUCUGUAUUAGAUCGGGCAUUGAACUUGGAUUUUGAUGAUCAAUCCAAUGCAGAUGAUUUGACAACUGCCCAAACUGAAUUGAUUAACUUGCAGAAUUGUGAGGCUGACAGCAUGGAUAGUAGUUCGACAAGAGGGUAUGAAUUUCAGGGAAGCGCUGAGUAUGAAAAUUCUGUGGAUGGUUUAGUUUGUGAAACAAAACUCAAUGAGGAUCAUCAUGCAUGUAUAGAUCGGAAUGAGGAUCUUCUUAAUUCAGAAUAUAUAAAUGAGGAUGAAAGUAAGCGUGAAUUUGUGGAUAAUGUGGCAGAACAUUCAGGUGGGAGGAAAUAUGUAAGUGCGAGGGUCCCACAUGGCAAGCCUCACAGAAAGCCACUGCUGAGGGCAGUUGUUGAAGGCACUACUCUUUUUGGUAUAUUGUGUCUCUUGCUUCAUCUCAGGAGCAAAAAUGGACGAGAGAAGACAGGUGAUGGUUGCAAGCGAUCUAGUUAUGUUCAAAAGACAAAUGGCAUGGAGUUCACAUCAAGGAAGGAGCGAAAUGGAGGUAGAGUACAUGGGAUUUAUCCAGCUGACAAGCUUAAUUAGACUCAGUUCUAGUGGAUAUGCACACAAGCUAGACACAGUUUUUUGAUCUUUGAAUUUGCACCAAAAGACGCAUUGGUUAGUUCUUCUGAGUACAACAAACAUUUAUAGUUUACUUUCACAGGCUAAUAUUAUUAUGCUAAUGUACUAUUAUUGUCAACAUUUUUCAUGUAAUUUAUGUUUGGGUAGGUAAUGCUCCUUGUGCAUUGGCCGCCUUCUUGUUUUAGUUUAAAAUCCCGCCAUAUGAAUGGUGAUGGAAGAAAUAUUCUCUAAGCUUUGUAUCAUAUUCUUUUCGCAUUUUGCAUACUGUGAGUGCGAUUGUGUGUAUGUUGCAAUUUUUGUACAAAUACUGAUGAUGUGUUUGGUAGGAAGGAAAUGAAAGGAAGAUUAGGGAAA